CGAUUCGGUGCAACACCAUGUGCAGCGUAGUGGACUCGCGCCCGACCUAAACCAUGCCGACGGAUGGUUGUAGUAAACGCAGCGCCAGAAUCCUGCUGGCGUUUGGAGUGAUCCUUCUCUGGAGUUCGUCCUAUUUCGUCCAGAGUGCGAUGACCCGUAAGCAGCUGAUCAACUCGAUGGACAUGAUGCGGUCCGCUUGUGCACCCAAGUUUAAAGUAGAGACAGAGAUGCUGGACAAUCUUCGGAAGGGCAUCUUUGAGGAGAAUCCCGAGCUAAAGUGCUACACGAUGUGCAUCGCGAAGAUGGCCGGGACGAUUACCAAAAAGGGUGAUAUCAACAUACAGAAGACGCUCGCCCAGAUGGACGCCAUGCUGCCACCGGACAUGCGGGACAAGGCAAAAGAGGCGAUCCACGCCUGCCGGGAAACGCAGGGCAAGUACACGGACCCUUGCGAUAAGACGUUUUAUUCCACCAAGUGUCUCGCCGACUACGAUCGAGAUUCAUUCCUCUUUCCUUGAUCGAUCGUCCCUCCGUAUGAACGAGCAGUCGACGAGCAAAUCGAUCGACGCUCCAUCGGCUAAAGCAACGAUCAAACAACAGGCUUACAGCACCGUCAGCAUCAGCAGCAGCAGCAGCAGCAACAAUGAGCAGACCAUCCGCAGCAAACACAUGGGCCCUACAUCGAUCAUGACCACACUAGGGGAAUUGUUUCCUAACGCACGCACACACGCGCUGAUAGUCGGGGCCUUUAGCUCUAAAUUAGUUAAUUGAUAGUUCAGCAUCAAGCGCAGCAGCAGCAGCAGCAGCAGCAGCAGUAUGAAAUAUGAAUUCGCCCUAAUGACAGGCGAGGUGGUGGUGUAUUAGGUGAAGGGACAAGGCCGGGCACAUAAGCUUCGUG